UGUCAUCAUUUUUUUUUUUUUUUUUAAUAAUUUUUGAAAAAACGACCGAAUGGCCAAAAUCAAACUAUUAAUCGUAAUGGGCCCAAGUGGUUGUGGUAAGACAACAAUUGCCCAGGCAUUAGCCAAUCGUCUAAGUGAUGGUCAUUAUGUGGAAGGUGAUCAAUUGCACCCACAAUCCAAUAUCGAUAAAAUGUCAAAUGCAAUACCACUUGAUGAUGAUGAUCGUUGGCCUUGGUUACAAUCCAUCCGUCAACAUUGUGAAAACAAUGCCAUCCAACAACAUGAUAAUCAAUAUUUGAUUGUAACAUGUUCAGCGCUCAAAAAGAUUUAUCGUAAUCAAUUACGACAAAUUCAACAUUUCCAAUGGAUUAAAUUCAUUUUUCCACAAGGAUCACAGCAAUUGAUAGGACAACGAAUUGAGCAACGAAAAGAUCAUUAUAUGAAAGCCAAUAUGUUGCAAUCACAAUUUGAAUGUUUCCAACCACCGAUCGAUGAAAAUGAUGUAAUUGUUGUCGAUAUCGAGCAAUCAAUCGAUAUCAUUAUCGAUGAAAUUCUUAAUAAAUUGUAAAACAUUUUAUUUAAAAUUAGUAUAAAGUUUGUUUGAAUUAUUUUCCAUGAUAAUUUACAAGAAAUUCCUCAAUGUUUGAACCUAAAAUUUU